AUGCCCGACUCCAUCCCCCUCACCAACCUCAGUGUGUCGCCGUCAUCAAGGCCAACCUACUUCAAAAUGCCCGAUUCCUCAUCAGCCCAGCGUAAGGGUCGCUUCACGAAACCUCACGAUCGCUCAUGGACAGCCUCCCUCAUUUGCUCAUACGUCUUCGACUGGGUCGUUCUCGUCAUCGUCGCAGGAGCUGGCGGCGGUCUCCAUCUCAUCGAGCCAAACAAGCGUCCGUUCUCUCUUGUCGACCCUAAUAUCGCGUUUCCCUUCACCGAAAGUGAGACGGUACCUGUCUGGCUUCUGCUCGUACUGAACCUUUUUGUUCCGGCCCUCAUCAUACUCUUAGUGUGCUUGAUCUUCGUUCCCGGCAACACUGUCCCCGAGGGUACACCCAAGUCUCUCAUCUGGAAGCGGAAGCUAUGGGAGCUGCACGUCGGCCUGCUUGGCCUAGCCUUGGCUAUUGUCGGUGCGUGGUUCAUCACCAAUGGAAUGAAGAACAUGUUCGGAAAGCCGCGACCUGACCUGCUGUCGCGAUGCGAACCCGACCUGGCCAACUUUCAACAGUACAUCAUCGGAGGCAUCGCCAGUGGAUCAGCAGCCAUACCCUCCAAUCUCAACUUGGAGCAGCUAGUGGGCUUGGGGAUGCUGGUCUCGCCCGACAUUUGCAAGAACACCGACUCGAGCAAGCUUGACGAUGGCUUCCGCAGUUACCCAUCCGGCCACUCAAGCUCAGCGGCUGCCGGUCUCAUCUAUCUGUCUCUGUUCCUGGCCAGCAAGUUCGCUGUCACCAUUCCCUUUGCCGCCAACAGGGGCAAUGCCACAUCCCAAUCGGCAUUUCCGUCGCGUCUUCAGAAGGGCGGUUCCGGUCUUGGCCCCCAAGAUGAGUCGCUGGGCACACCUGGUGCUGUCGCUGAGAAGGCACUCGCAGAACACCACAAAAUGGUCACGGCUCUUCGUCGACAGGCGGCCGCACCACCCAUCUACCUUCUGUGCAUCGUCGUCGUUCCGUUCUUCUUGUCCGUCUUCAUCUCAGGGUCGCGGUGGUUCGAUUACAGGCACCAUGCCUUCGACAUCCUCUUCGGCUAUCUCAUCGGUGUCCUAACAUCCAUCUUUGCGUUUUACUACUACCACCUCCCUAUCCGCAACGGUGCGGGCUGGGCCUGGGGUCCCCGAAGUCACGACAAGGCAUGGUGGUCUGGGGUCGGUUCCUACAGCUAUGCUACAGACAAGAAGGAUUUCAUCAAGAUCAGCGAUGAGGAAGAAGCGCUGGGCCUACAGAACUACGGCCGCCACAGUCCUAGCCCGAGCGGGUCAAGAGCGACGCACCGUGUCUUCAACGGUCACGCUGCUGAUCAUCGUGAUCAAGGUCACGAGCAAGCAGACUAUUUCGAUCCUGCCUCGGAGACACCAUCAGGUCGACGCCUCGACAGCCGUCAAGAUGGCCAAAGUAUGGGUCAUUUUGACCCUUACAUCUCUGUGCAGGCUCGCUAG